CACAGGUCGAGGUCAAAGGUGUUUAUGGACGUUAGCAGCUUACGAAAUUACAGGUGUUUUUGUUUGAUUGAUGAUACUAAUACAAUAUGGGGAAUCCUAUGUCAAAAGCAAUGAAUGAACAGCUGGAAAAGAAUCAAGAGUUUAUGUUGCGAACACAGAGAAUGCAGAUGGAGAGGCAAAUUAUGAUGCAGAAUGUGAUGAGAGAACGCAUGAUGGCGAUGCAGAUGGCGAGGGCACGUGAUAUGUUUAUGUGGUAUAGCUCGUUUUAUGGAGUUGCUGCAGUUUUGACUUUGAUAGGCACUGUUAAAACACGCAAGCCUGGUGUCUUUGUACCAAUUAUACCACUCUCAUUCAUUUUGGGUUAUCAGUAUGACUUAGCACAUGGAACCAAAAUAGAAAGAAUGAAAGAGGAAGCCGAGAGAAUUUUGAAAGAGGAAUUGUCACUGCUUGAUCUACCACAGGGUGUACCAACAUUUGAUGACAUCGAAAAUGCCAGACUCGCCCUUAAAAAAUAAAUUGAGUUAGAAUAGUUGUACAUGUAAUAAUUUGAAAGUAUAAGUAUAGAGUAACCAAAAUUUGAAUAAUUUUGCUAUAAAUGACCAUGGGUUUUUCUAAAAAAAAACUGCAAGAGGGAGCACUGCAAUUCAGCGGAGCCACCAAGUGAGGGAGAUAGGGUGAGUUUUUCACAAUUCUAAGUUAAAAUGGAGCAUUCUAUGGCUUCCUUGAGGCCAAAAUUACUAUCAGACAGGUCACAGUUGAAGACUGUGGCCACAUGUGAUCCCUGGUCAAAUCAGAAUUUUAUGGCUGUGCUCCUGUUCCCUGAAUGACCAUACUGGAUUUUCAUCUUUGAUUAACAUAUUUCAUGCGUUUGAAGAGUGCCUACUGUGUUAUAAAAACAGAUUUAAACAUUAAAAUUGACCUUUGGGUUUUCAGUAAUAAAUAUAAACUUUGCAGGAA